CCCGGCUAUGGUCGCCGCGGCGGAGGACGAUCUUGACAAGCAACACGCCGACGAGGGCUACGACGAGCUCGACAGCUACAUCCGGCGCAAGAAGAAGGUACCGUGCGGCGAUGUCUAUGAGGCCGCGAGGGCGGGCGACAUCGAUCGCCUCAAAAUCCUGCUCGAAUCGGGCAUCAACGUGAAUGCUCGGGACGAAUGGGACUCGGUGGCGCUGUAUUACGCGUGCCUGGCCGGGCACGAGGACGCGGCCAGGAUCUUGCUAGAGGGAGGCGCGAUUUGCAGCGAGCACACGUUUGAUGGCGAUCGGUGCCACUACGCGGCGCUGAAUCUCAGGGUGAGGCGAUUGCUCAAGCUGUUCGAGGCCCGGCCGCCACCGCUGGCGCCACUGCCGGAUUCUCUCAGGGCCCUCUUCUUCCGGUCCGGCCAGAAUCACAGGUUUCUCGAUCCGACGCUGGGCGACACUGGGAAUUUCGAUGCUGACGAGCUGGGCGAUCCAGUCGGGCCGGACAUUGUGUUCUACGCCCAAGGGCAGCCGAUCGCUGCUCAUCGCGCCAUCCUCUCGGCGCGCUGCCGGUUCUUCCAGCGAAAGUUUGAGAAAGAGUGGAAGUCACGCAGCGAGAUCCGGUUCUCCAGGAACAGGCUCUCGUUCCACGCGCUCUUUCGGCUCAUCAGCUUCUUCUACUGCGAUGUCUUGGACGUGGCCGUGGACGACAUGGAGGACUUGCUCAGGAUUUGCAAGGUGUGUGGAUGCUCGGGGCUCCAGAGGGUCCUCGAGAAGGAGCUCGUUCAUCAAAAGUUUGCCGACUACAAGUCACUCAACACCGACGAUGACUCGCUCAAAAUCAGGGAAUUUUGCCUUGAUACCAUUGCCGUGAAUUUUGAAAGCUUUGCGGCUACAUCGGAGUUUAAGGCUUUGUUACAAAGGCUUCCACCGCCAUCAGGAGAUACAUCAACGAGAACCACGAUACCAAACGCUCCGGGGGGUGUUAAAGACGACAGUCAAGGGAACUUACUGGACGAUUUACGUGAAAGGUGGCUAGAGGCUGAAGGUGCAGAACUUGACCAGAGGGAUGAAAGUGCCAGGGAUUUUGACAAAGUGCUAGAGCUGCUUCGCUCAACAGCAGAGAAUGACGACACGGAAAGUCUGGAACUGGUUUAGAAAUCAGGUGGCUGCCUCAGUUCUGGCUUUUUAAUUACGGGUCUUCUAAUCUUCACGUGUUCAAGCUCGGCCUGCUCAAUACGGAUCAACUAUGGGAAACUUCUCUCAAGUCGCCGAUUUUACCUCUGAGGUUCGAAGUGAGGAUCGUCUUUUAAUUUUGUCAAAGUUUUGCUGCACUUGCUCUCGAGAAUUUUCGAGAAUCGGUGCUAAUACCAGAGCUGCAGAUACCAGGUUAUACACAGGAUUCUUAUACACUGAUGAACCAACCAGCAUUAUCAAGAGCCUGUUGAGCCGGCAUGCCAAUCACGUCUUCUAUUCGGCGAGCGUUCCAAAGUGGUUAGAAAGACAUCGCCGUAUGAAUCAGGAUUUUGCUCGAGGGACCCUUCUAGACUGCUUGUGCUGAAGCCAUCAACUUUCGUCAGGUUGGAG